UUCACCGAUUGUUGAUGACGGUGGCAGACAGCGCAGGUCAGUUAGCUGAGUGGUGUUUCUGGGAGGAGAAGUGCCUGCUAAGGUAAUAUUAUUUUCUCUGACAACCUGCUUUGAAAGGACAGAAGAACAGUAAAAUAAACGAAUGAAGCUAGGGUCGUAUGAAAAAGACUAUGAACUAUAUGAGAGCCGACGCUGGUUCAGGAACGUCUCUAAUAUUGUUUUGAGGGCCUGUUGCUAGCGACGGGAAACCCUCAGGCUACCCCGGGCCGAGAAAGCGCAGAGGACUAAGAACAGGAGCUCGACGGUACACGGAUGAAGGCUCACAGAGAAGUGUGGAUUUUGAUGCUGCCAGGACCCACAGGUGUCUCCUGUUUUGCUUGGCAUUAUUGAUCUCACACCAUCAUCCAACCAGUGCUACACCAGCAGGCCACUGGUUUUGCUUUUUUACUCUCUUGGGCUGAGUUGCUCAGGGAGGACCCUCUUCAAGACAGACCACAAUGAAUCGUUACCUGCCCGUGGCACAACAACACUUCCUGGCUGCCCUUGCCAGCACCAGUGUUGUAGUAAAAGCUAUAAGUGCUCUAGUUGUUCUACUAUACCUGCUCUCAUGGGCUGUCGACACUCCAUAUGCACUGGGGGUGACUCCGGGCUACCUUUUUCCACCCAACUUUUGGGUGUGGACUCUGGUAACCCAUGGGGUGGUGGAGCAGCACGUUUGGGGUGUGGCAGCCAAUGUGGGGACAGUAAUGGCCUGUGGGCGCCUCCUGGAGCCUUUGUGGGGUGCUCUGGAGCUCCUGAUCUUUUUUGCAGUGGUUAAUGUGUCUGCAGGCCUCUUAGCAGGCUUCUCCUACCUCCUCACCUAUGUGGCUACCUUUGACCUGGACUUCCUGUUUGCUGUGCGUAUCCAUGGAGCAGCCGGGUUCCUGGGAGGUGUCCUGGUGGCACUAAAGCAGACCAUGGGGGAUACUACAGUGCUCAGAGUGCCACAGGUGAGACUCAAAGCAGCGCCGGCUUUGGUCCUCCUCCUCCUGGCUUUAUUGCGCCUGUCUGGGUUGCUUGACAGCUCUGCUCCCCUGGCUGCAUACAGUUAUGGUACACUGUCUGGCUGGGUCUACCUGCGCUUUUACCAGAGGCACAGCCGGGGCCGUGGGGAUAUGUCAGACCACUUUGCCUUUGCAAGUUUCUUCCCAGAGGCAGUGCAGCCAGCUGUGGGACUGCUGGCGGGACUCGUCCACUCUGCCCUGGUGAAGAUGAAGGUGUGCAGGAAGAUGGUCAAGAGAUAUGAUGUGGGGGCACCCUCCUCCAUCACUAUCAGCCUACCAGGGACAGACCCACAGGAUGCAGAAAGGAGAAGACAACUGGCCCUGAAAGCUCUGAACGAGCGUCUAAAACGCGUAGAGGACCUGUCUGCUUGGCCCAGCAUGGAUGACGAGGAAGACGACGACGAGGACGAGGUCAGAACCGACACGCAGCCGCUCCUAUCAGGCGGGCGUGACGCCUCCUCCUCCUCCUCCACACCAAGAACAGCUGGGGGAGCCAUCAGUGCCUCCCUCUCCUCCACCUCCUCCUCCUCGAUGUCACAGAGCGGUGGAGCGCCAUCCUCAGGCGGAGUGCAGCACCCAGAGUCCAGCAUUAUCAGCUUUGAGGAUGCACCUUCUAGAUCAUAGCAAACAGAAUGCAAGUGUACAGAUACGCACGCUCUGUUUGACGUCACUGGCAAGUAUACUAGUGUGUUCAGAGAUCCUGACUAGUAUACAGAUGUAUUCAGUGACAGUGAUUAGGCGUAUACACACACACACAUACACACCUACAUACACUUACACAUCUUUGACCAGUGUAUACAAACAGCCGUGCACUCACGAACUCUGUCAGCAUCAUCAUGAAACCCAAAAGACUGUACAGUGCUUUCAGUUCAGACACGAUGGUUGUAAAUGCUCAGUGUAGUUGGGCAGACUGAACACUAAAAAUUCUUCUCUUGCUCCUGCAUACAACCGAAAGUCACAAAACUUCUUUCUUUUCCAGACUUAAUCCCAGCUUGCAGAGAUCUGUUCACUGCUUCAUGUGUCUUUUUUUUUUUUUUUUUUUUUUGCUUUCUAAAUAAAUAACGAAAUGGGUGUAUGAUAUUCUUUUUGUAAGUUUUUCGGAGCAGCCACAUUCAUUCUUUUAUUGUCUGCUGCAGGAAAACUCUGUGACAGAGGCUGGGUCUGAAUUCUUGAUUUUUGAUGAAGGACUGUAGUGAGUUGGUUUGAGAAGUGCUAAUAUAUAGCUGUAAUUCACAUUAGCUUUGUGUUCACUGGUUCCAAAUAUGGAAGCAGGUGUGUAAGAGAGGAAUUAUGAAAAGCAUGUUAACUCAGCACCAACUGCUGGACCACAGGAAAGAAGCUGCUGCAGGUCUGUCCUGCUGAUGAACUGUGAUCCUAAACUUCAAGAUUUAAAGAAGAAAAUCCAGACCAGGUUAAUUUGCCACCUGAUGUCUCUCUGGAACCACAGGCAGAAAAAUUAACCACAUACCCGUUUCUUGUUUUCUUUUUUUUUUCUUCUUUUUUUAAGUCCCUUACUUGUCAUACAGUGGACAAAAAUGCCCCCCCCCCCCCCCCCCAAUGGUCUAUUUGAUCGCUAAAUGAAAUCAACAACAUAAAUACUUCUUCAUGGACUAACAGACAUGUUGAUGGUGUUACACUCACACGGAUCUGUGGAUGAUUUUCUUGUUCUGUGAGCUGAUUUUAUUUCUUUCUGAUCCUGACCUGUUUACACUUCCACAUUUGAGAAUCUGAUGUUAUUGUCAAAAUAUGUGAGCAAAAGCUGUUCUGUUACCUGAGUGCGUACGAAGAAGGGAAGAGGUUGCUGUCUGUGCUUCUGUUUUUUUUUGCACCAUUAAAAAGAUUAGAGAAUAGUUUUAUUGGGUAUUUAUAGAAUGUGCAGGUUUUUUUUUGUUGUUGGUUUUUUUAAUAUCACAAUGAUUUAUGGGUUACAGUUUUAGAAUUUUAUAAUUGUUUGUCAGGCACUGACCCAUGAACAUAAGUACUCCAUAAACAGAGGACUGCUGUACUGAUCAGUAGUCAGCGUGGCACACGUCUCCCAGUCACAUCCUUUGGACUUGGAGCAUUAUCAUCUCUAAAAAUUACUGUGCCAGGCACGGCUCAUGGUGAAUAAUUUUCUAGGGUGGUUGAUGGACAGCUAAAUUGUUUCAUCCAGAUAAACUUCACUCAGACCUAAAGGUCAUCGGUUCAUUUAUUCUGUUGCCAGUCAUUGCUGUAGAUGUUGCAUGCUAUUGUGGAAACAAUCAAAUCGUUGAAUUGCCAAUUUCCUACCUGUCCGUUUUGAUUAAGCCAUUUGAAGCCAAUAAAUUAUUUUGCAAUGAUGACAAACUGGAACAAUACUUAGGAACUUGUAAUCACAAGGUUGCAGCUUCAGUGAGAAAUCCCAACUAGCUGAGAAGGUGAACCGAGCGCUUUAUCACUUUACUUACUUGUUAGAAGUGCAAAAGUCCCUAAGGUCUUAUUGACAGCCUCCUCCAGCACUCCCUCGGUCUUCCUGUGAAAAACAGGCCAAAAAAAAAGCUGAUCAGUGCUCACUGCUGUUUAAAAUGUUAUUCAUUAUUUCUACAAGUUUCCUUAACAAGGAUUUAAAAAAAUUAGAUUAUAAUAAACUAUGGGUAUGAAAUUGGGGAGCUAUAAAAAAUGAGUUUGCUGUUCAGUUCCACUUUACAGUGUUCUUUUUGUAUUCAACAGAAACAGUUAAAAUAGAUUUGUUUUUAAUUUCCUUUUAUCAUCUUCUGAGAUUCGACGUAUUCCCAAAAAGACCACAAAAAUCUAGUCAACCAAACUGAAUUCCCCCGAAAUCAGAAUGCAAAAUGACCGUCAGCUCUGUGCCUGACUCAAACUUCAGUUUUUACACUAAAGUACAGAAUUAGGCUCUUUAAUUUUUAAUAAAUGGCAAAAAAUAGCUUGUAGUCUGCAGACAUUGGCCCCAGGUGAUAAGUUGAAUCGGUUGGGGUGUUUUUUUUUUUUGUUUUUUUUUUAACAUAAUGAAAUGAAAUGUGUUCUGGGAUGUGAUAAGCCAUAUUAGAGUGAUGAAAUCCUGUGUUCUCUCCUGUUUUUCCCUUGUUUUAUCUGCCCAUUUCACUGUACUCGCGUUUUGGCAAGCAUCUGUUUACACUGGGUGAUUUGGGCCUCCUUUAAGUAAAUAUGAAUGCUCCUAUUUACAUGAUUGAACGGACACAGGAACUCAUCUUCGGAGUGGAGCGGUCAGCUGCAGUCAGGCGUCUGAUACCUCACACCGCACCCUACUAUCUAACACAGUAGCAACAGAUAAAAACAGUCAAAGCAACUUUGUACAUAAUUGCAUAGAAUUACAGUGCAAUUUAGUUUUAUGGUGUCAUUUUCAUACCUUUUACAUGCAAGUUACUCUGCAAAUAGUCAAAUAGCAGUUGAAUCGUAUGUGUUUAGCUUAGCCAGCUGCCCAACUAAGCUUGCAUCACAAAAUCAGCAAUGCAGCAAAACAUGCUAAUGCGGUUGCCUGCAGAUAACUGUGAAGUUAUGUGAUGUGGUGAAGUUGUGCCAUUUUUAGUAGUGUAAAGGCCUUGGAGCAUUGUAGCUGGCAGUCUGAGGUUUCAGACCGAGUCUCAUCAAUCUGACAUUCAGCCAAAUCUCACCUCCAUUCCUGUUUCCCAAGGUUUUUAAUUUAUUUUUAAUUUAAUUUUUUUCUGAAUUUAAAUGUAAUCAAAGAGAAGAAGGGGAAUGCAAUUGUGUCGUCUGUGUGAAUAAUGCCUGUGUACAGCUGGGUUAAACUAGAACAGGUGCAGGUAAGCACCAUUAAUGAUGUCAGUGCUGUUAACGAGCAGUGGCCUCAGAGUAGCUUCAACCCUUUCAGGCGCUACAGAAAAUGCUAGCAUGGUAAUGUGACUACAUACAUUUGAUUCAAGUCCCCCCCCCCCCCCCCCCCCCC